AUGUAUAAGGAGCAAGUGAAGAAGAUGGGAGAAGAAUCACAGCAGCACCAGGAGCAGAAGGGUGAUGCCCCAACCUGUGGCAUCUGCCACAAAACAAAAUUUGCUGACGGCUGUGGCCAUAACUGUUCGUAUUGCCAAACUAAAUUCUGUGCACGCUGCGGAGGAAGAGUGUCUCUGCGGUCAAAUAAGGAGGACAAAGUGGUAAUGUGGGUAUGUAACUUGUGCCGAAAACAACAAGAAAUCCUCACAAAAUCAGGAGCCUGGUUCUAUAACAGCGGAUCCCACGCACCACAGCAGCCAGACCAAGAAGGAAUUCGAGCUCUGAGGAAUGAGGAAGCACCUCAAGAGAAGAAAGCAAAACUGCAGGAGCAUCCGCAGUACCAAGGACCUUCAGGUGACAUAUCCACACAAGCUUUGGACAAAAACAGAUCUCAAGGGCUCACAAGACAAGAGUCAAUUAAGAAUGGUUCAACAGUAAAGCAUCAAGUAACAAGUGACACAUCAGACAGGAAAAGAAGCCCUUCAAUAUCAAGAGAACAGAGCAGAAGAUACGACCAGAGGGACGAGAGAGACGAAUAUUCACAGUAUGCUACAUCAGACAGUGCGAUGCCCAGGUCACCAUCAGAUUAUUCAGAUAGGCGGUCACAGCGUGGGCCUCAGUUAUAUGAAGAACCUGAACUGGCUGAUUAUAGGGAUUCCAACAGAAGGAGCUGCAGGCGUUCCAAGGAGUAUCCGGUAGAAGAAGAAGAUGCACAAAGCAGGGAAGAAUAUGAAAGGCAAAGGAGAGAAGAGGAAUACCAGGCACGAUACCGAAGUGAUCCUAAUUUGGCUCGUUAUCCAGUCAAGCCACAGCCGUAUGAGGAACAAAUGCGUAUCCACGCUGAAGUGUCCCGAGCACGUCAUGAACGGAGACACAGCGAUGUCUCACUGGCAAAUACAGAGUUGGAAGAUUCUCGGAUGUCCAUGCUCAGGAUGGAACGGCCAUCAAGACAAAGAUCAGUGUCUGAGCGCAGGGCUGCCAUGGAAAAUCAACGUUCAUACUCUAUGGAAAGAACUCGAGAGGCUCAGGGACCAAGUCCCAAUCGUCAGAGGACCACAAAUCAUAGCCCUCCUACACCUAGGAGGAGUCCAAUUCCCCUGGAAAGACCAGACAUGAGGCGCUCUGAUUCUUUAAGGAAACAGCACCAUUUGGAUCCCAGUUCUGCUGUCCGGAAAACAAAACGUGAAAAGAUGGAGACCAUGUUACGGAAUGAUUCCCUCAGCUCAGAUCAGUCUGAAUCUGUCAGACCUCCACCACCAAAGCCCCAUAAAACGAAAAAAGGAGGUAAAAUGCGCCAGGUUUCAUUAAGUAGCUCAGAAGAAGAACUGGCAUCCACUCCAGAAUAUACAAGUUGUGAUGAUGUAGAGAUUGAAAGUGAAAGUGUUAGUGAAAAAGGAGACAUGGAAUACAACUGGUUGGACCAUACGUCUUGGCAUAGCAGUGAGGCAUCCCCAAUGUCUUUGCAUCCAGUAACUUGGCAACCAUCCAAAGAUGGAGAUCGUCUCAUUGGUCGGAUUUUGUUAAAUAAACGACUAAAAGAUGGAAGUGUGCCUAGAGAUUCAGGAGCAAUGCUUGGAUUGAAGGUAGUAGGAGGAAAGAUGACUGAAUCAGGUCGACUCUGCGCAUUUAUCACCAAAGUUAAAAAAGGAAGCUUAGCUGAUACAGUGGGGCAUCUUAGACCAGGUGAUGAAGUCUUAGAAUGGAAUGGAAGGAUACUACAAGGAGCCACCUUUGAGGAGGUGUAUAAUAUUAUUUUAGAAUCCAAACCUGAGCCACAAGUAGAACUAGUAGUUUCAAGACCAAUAGGGGACAUUCCCAGAAUACCUGACAGCACACAUGCACAGCUGGAGUCCAGUUCUAGUUCAUUUGAAUCUCAAAAAAUGGACCGACCUUCUAUUUCAGUGACUUCUCCUAUGAGUCCUGGCAUGUUAAGGGAUGUCCCACAGUUCUUGUCUGGACAACUUUCAAGCCAAAGCCUUAGUAGAAGAACAACGCCUUUUGUUCCUAGGGUUCAGAUAAAACUGUGGUAUGACAAGGUUGGUCAUCAGUUAAUAGUGACCAUACUGGGAGCAAAGGAUCUUCCUUCAAGGGAAGAUGGGAGGCCAAGGAAUCCUUAUGUUAAAAUUUACUUUCUUCCAGACAGAAGUGAUAAAAAUAAAAGAAGAACAAAAACAGUAAAGAAAACGUUGGAACCUAAGUGGAAUCAGACAUUUAUUUAUUCUCCAGUUCAUCGGAGAGAGUUUAGAGAACGAAUGUUAGAAAUCACUCUUUGGGACCAAGCACGAGUUCGAGAGGAAGAAAGUGAAUUUUUAGGAGAGAUUCUUAUUGAGUUAGAGACAGCAUUGCUAGAUGAUGAACCUCACUGGUACAAACUUCAAACACAUGAUGUCUCUUCAUUGCCACUUCCCCAUCCCUCACCAUAUUUGCCACGCAGACAACUCCAUGGCGAGAGUCCCACACGGAGGUUACAAAAUAAAGGCUUUUAUUCAUAUAAUUCAGGAUCCAAAAGAAUCAGUGACAGUGAAGUUUCUGAUUAUGACUGUGAUGAUGGAAUUGGUGUUGUUUCAGAUUACCGACAUAAUGGGAGAGAUCUUCAAAGUUCAACACUAUCAGUGCCAGAGCAAGUAAUGUCAUCUAAUCAUUGUUCUCGAUCAGGGUCCCCUCACCGCGGAGAUAGUAUAGGACGGACUAGAUCGUGGUCUCCCAGUGUCCCUCCCCCACAAAGUCGGAAUGUGGAUCAGGGACUGCGAGGGACUCGAUCUACUCCUGCGCAUUACAACACCCUGAACCGAAUGGACAGACACCGUGUCAUAGAUGACCACUACUCCCCAGACAGAGAGAGGAAUUGUGAAGCAGCAGAUAGACAGCCAUAUCAAAGAUCCAGAUCAACAGAGCAACGUCCUGUGCUAGAGCGGACCAACUCCCGCUCCCGAUCCACAGAGCGUCCUGACUCAAACCUCAUCAGGUCGAUGCCUUCAUUAAUGACUGGAAGAUCUGCCCCUCCUUCACCUGCCUUACCGAGGUCACAUCCUCGAACUGGGUCUGUCCAGACAAGUCCAUCAAGUACUCCAGUAGCAGGGCGAAGGGGCAGGCAGUUACCGCAGCUCCCACCCAAGGGGACGUUGGAGAGAAAAGAAGCGGAAUCAUCAAGGAGAACAAACUCAGAAGAAAAGAAAACAGAUCCAGAGAAUGGGGAUACAGGUGCAGUGGAUGUAGAAGAAAGGAGUCGCCAAAUGAAAAUGAACAAGUACAAACAGGUAGCAGGAUCAGAUUCCAGGCUGGAACAAGAUUAUCAUGCUAAGUAUCGGUCAGGGCGGGACCCUCACCGAGGCUCGGACAAUGUUUCCAAUAAGUCCUCGGACAGCGAUGUCAGCGAUGUCUCGGCCGUGUCCCGCACCAGCAGCGCUUCCCGUUUCAGCAGCACCAGCUACAUGUCUGUCCAGUCAGAGCGUCCGAGGGGAAACAAGAAAAUAAGUGUCUUUACAUCCAAAAUGCAAAGCAGACAGAUGGCCGUCUCAGGAAAGAACAUGACUAAGAGCACCAGCAUCAGUGGGGAGAUGUACACGCUGGAGAAGAACGAUGGCAGCCAGUCGGACACGGCAGUGGGCACUGUUGGUGGUGGCAGCAAAAAGAGACGCUCCAGCAUUGGUGCAAAGAUGGUCGCCAUCGUGGGGCUAUCAAGAAAAAGCCGUAGCACGUCACAACUCAGCCAAACUGAAGCAGGGGGCAAGAAGCUGCGGAGCACCGUCCAGAGGAGCACGGAGACAGGGCUGGCCGUGGAGAUGAGGAACUGGAUGACUCGCCAGGCGAGCCGGGAGUCAACGGAUGGGAGCAUGAACAGCUACAGCUCUGAGGGAAAUUUGAUCUUCCCUGGUGUGAGAUUGGCUGCAGACAGCCAGUUUAGUGAUUUUCUGGAUGGACUUGGUCCUGCUCAGCUUGUAGGACGACAGACUUUGGCAACGCCAUCAAUGGGAGAUAUUCAGGUGGGAAUGAUGGACAAGAAAGGACAACUGGAAGUAGAAAUAAUCCGAGCCCGUGGCCUUGUUGUAAAACCAGGUUCAAAGACACUGCCAGCACCAUAUGUAAAGGUGUAUCUAUUAGAAAAUGGAGUCUGCAUAGCCAAAAAGAAAACUAAGGUAGCAAGAAAAACGCUGGAACCACUUUAUCAGCAACUUCUAUCAUUUGAAGAAAGUCCCCAAGGGAAAGUUUUACAGAUAAUUGUUUGGGGAGACUAUGGACGUAUGGAUCACAAAUCAUUUAUGGGAGUGGCACAGAUACUUUUAGAUGAACUGGACCUGUCCAACAUGGUGAUUGGGUGGUUCAAACUUUUCCCUCCUUCUUCCCUAGUAGACCCAACCUUAGCUCCUCUCACUAGAAGAGCUUCCCAAUCAUCUCUUGAAAGUUCAACAGGACCUUCGUAUGCUCGCUCAUAGCAGCUGUGAAACUGUUGUCAUAGCAACCAGCGUUACAAAAAAAUAAAAUUACAGGUCGCAAACCCUGGUAACACUGCAUGCUUAAUGUUGUGUCUUCUGAGC